GUUCCUCAUCUUCAGAGAAGACCUUCUCUCUGAUUGGCCCAGAUGGUUCAAUCUCUGCUCCAAUCGAGUCAUCCGUCACCCUCCCCUGUGCCCUCUCCCCGUCCUUCAGUGCAGUACCUCUACAGGUGCGCUGGUACCGACCCGGUUCCUAUCAGAAGCCAAUUCUGUCCUAUAAGAACAAUCAGGUCCAGAGUGAGGCAUUAGACCCCCAUUACAAGGGUAGGACGUCUCUGGUGGGGGAUCUGAAGAAGGGACACGUGUCCCUCAGACUGACCAACCUCACGUUCAGUGACAGGGGGCAGUAUGUAUGCUACGUCAAGAGCAACAUCUGGUACAGUGACCUCUACAUUAGCCUCACAGUCAGGGUUAUUGGCAGUACUGCAGUAGUGUCACCUGUUGAUGUGAGAAGUGGACAUGUGAACAUUACCUGUGAGUCGGAGGGUUGGUCUCCACAGCCCACAGUCACCUGGAGAGACUCCAGAGGGACACAUAUCAGUAGCAACUCCAGUGGAACGUACUUGCAAACAGAUGAGGAUGGUUUGGUGUCAGUGCGCUCCUGGCUGCUCUUCUCCCCCUCACACUCAGAGUGGCUCUCCUGCUCUGUGGGGCUGUCUGACCAGGAGACCACCCAGAGCAGGGUGGCACUACACUCCUUAACUACUUCUGCAGAAGACCCAACAUCAGGAUCUUGGAAAGACCCUCUUAUCAUUGUUUUAUUCCUCGUCUUACUUGGUGUGGCCGUGUGCUUUGCCGUUCACUAUAGGAAAGCUUCACACAUGAAGCACCAGGCAUCACCGUACCUCUCAGUACCAACAGCAGCGGUAGAAUCAGGCAGAGCUAACAGUCAGAACCGUGAGGACCCAACUGCUGUACCAGAUGCUGCUGAACACACUAAGUUAAAGACUAAAGACAAUGGACCCACCAUGGAGGUAGUUGUAACUACAACAGCAGUGAAUCUGACUUUGGAUAUAGAGACAGUGCCUCCUUUUCUCAAAGUUAACGAAGAUAACACGUUGAUCUACUGCCCUGAUGGGCAGAAGUUGCCUCCAACAAAGACAUGUGACCUUCAGUCGCCGGAUGGUCCUUCAACAGAGACUGCCCUCCCCCAUGCGUUAUGUGAUAGAUGUUUCAAGUCAGGGAAACACUAUUGGGAGGUGAAAGUAGAGAAAGACGCUAAGCAGUCCUGGUAUGUGGGAGUGUGCUCUAAAGAUGUAGUUCACUCUAACCGUGUCGCUCUACACCCUGACAAUGGCUUCUGGGUUCUCCACUAUGAAACAGGCAUUGGACUCUUUGCCAACACAGAACCUCCAACCAGGGUUCCAGUGAAAGACUCACUCAAGACUGUAGGAGUGUUUCUAGAUUGUGAUGAUCACACUCUCACCUUUUACAAUGCUGAUAAGAGUGUGUGUUUGUGCUAUCUCUAUGUCCCACAAAAUGUAAUGUUCAUUCCUCUGAUCAGCCCUGGAGUUAGAGAACAAGGGCCAGUUAAAUUACACCACCGAACAGAUCAUCAGGACUCUGACUCUCAGAUAUUUGCUAAGCUAAGAGAUCUGAAACCACCAAGAGAAUAUUGGGUGGAUCUGCAUUUGAACACAACAACUGUACCACCUUGCCUCAGAGUGGAAGGAGAUAGAGCUGUCAACUUCUGCUCAGAACUAGGCCAGGAUUUGGGAUACAGGGGAUUCAAUCAUGCCUUGUGUAAUGAUGGGUUCAGUUCAGGCAAACACUACUGGGAAGUAAAAGUGUGGAAGCUGAAGGAACAUUG